GCUAGCAUUAAUCGCGUGCGUGGAAGUGAAUACGGACAGUGAGAUCGAAAUGGCCAGGAUAAUUUUAUCAUUAAUUCUAUUUAUUUUAGCCAUCGUGCCGGCUUGGAGCUUGUAUUUCCAUAUAGGUGAAACAGAAAAGAAAUGUUUUAUAGAAGAAAUACCAGAUGAAACGAUGGUAAUAGGAAACUACAAAAUUCAGAUAUUUGACAAGAACAAGAAUGAUUUCCUGCCAUCAAGCCCUGGAAUUGGAAUGCAUGUAGAAGUAAGAGAUCCUGAAGAUAAAAUGAUUCUUUCAAAGAUGUACAGUUCUUCUGGGAGAUUUACUUUCACAUCGCACACACCAGGAGAACAUACGCUGUGCCUCUAUUCAAACUCUACCAAGUGGUCAAUGUUUGGUGCUUCUAAACUGAGAAUUCAUCUUGACAUUGAGGUUGGGGAGCAUGCCAAUGAUUACAAGGAGAUUGCAGAGAAAGAUAAAUUAACAGAGCUUCAACUGAGAGUUAGACAGCUUUUGGAUCAGGUAGAACAGGUCAAGAAGGAACAAAACUACCAAAGGUAUCGUGAGGAGAGGUUCAGACAGACGAGUGAGAGUACAAACCAAAGAGUUCUCUGGUGGUCUAUUGCGCAGACAGUCAUUCUCCUUGUUACAGGGUUCUGGCAAAUGAGACAUCUCAAGGGAUUCUUUGAGGCAAAGAAAUUAGUAUAGUUGAUAUCAUCAUUGCUAUAUGCCAGAAUCACAGAGGAUGUUAUUUAAAGCUAUUUUUUGUAAGUUCUUUUAAGCCCUCAUUAAACCAAAAAUCCAGUAUUUACAGGAGCUUAUAAAUGAUAAGUAAAAUUUUCUGUUUGUAUAUUGUCCUUAGUAAGGAAAAAAAUCUUCUGUUUUGAAAAAAAAUUAUAAAGCUUAGGGAUUUCUCGAAAUGCCUGUAAACAUGCAGCCAAAAAAAAAGAACAAAAAUCCUAAGAUGCUACGAGUUUGUCCUCAUUUUGGUGAAUGAUAAACAAACAAGGGGUGGUAAUUGACCCCCUAUCCUACAAAUCCUAAGGCCAUAAGACUAAAUCCUUGUUGCGUAUGUGUGCAAAUGUAAACACUCUGUGAGUGCUCUAUGCAUGAACAAGUAGAAAUCGUUGAUAGGCAAGAAAGUGUGUGACAUCAUUAGCUUCUUUAUUUGCAUACACCCCAGCAUAACUGAUGUGUAAAAUAAAAUUAAACUUAGAAUCAAAAGUGUGUCAACUUUACAACAGAUUUUGAUGGAAUUUUCACUGUUAAUGUUGGUUUGAGUUUUCUUCAUUUCAUCAAAUCAACCUUUUGUUCGGAUAGUGACUUGACCUUUCAAUAUCUAGUCUUUAGGGAGUUUUCUUGCUAAUUGCAUCAUAUUUUGAAUAAAUCCUCUACAAUCCUCUAUGAUUCUGGCUUAUGAUUUUCUAGUAUUACAUUGCCUAUUUAUCAUGCCUCUUUUGUUCAUUCAUAAAGUUUGUCCCUUAUAUAUAAAAAAUAGUUUUCUCUUUCUUUUCCAUUUUAUUUCACUUAAACAUUUUCUCCAUGCAAUAAUAACACCAGACAUUGGUCUUUGAUUUUGCCUCUUUUUUUGGCAAUGAUUUUCUAUUUUCCAUAGAUAAUUUGUUUCUUUUCAUUAAAAAAAUCUACUUCUAAUACAUGUAUUAAGUUUGCUGUGUAUAUCCAGAAUAGCUUAGUUGUACUGCAGGCAAUAUAUUUGUAUCUGGAAAUAACACAAUUGGAUUUACAUGUAACAAAAGAAAAACAAUAAAUUUUAAAUGUAGAAAUGGUGAAAAAGAUAGCUGAAACUCUUUGUCUGUCAAGAAAUGGAAGGUAUUUAUAGAUACCUUUGGUUCAUUUUAACUUCAUUCCAAAAAGACAUUAACAUGUAAAUGAGGUAUUGCUUGUUCUUUAGACUGUGGAUUAUUUCAAGUAAUAUGUAAUGUUAAAUAUAAUUUUAAAAUUAAAUGUACUUUUAAUCAUCAAAUAACUUAUUACUUGAUUUCUUGAUAGCAGUGACUUUGCCAUUGGUCAGCUAUUUGUAUAUUUCUUAUUUCAUUUUUUUUCACUCAUUUGUUCAAUAUAUUUAGUGUUGACUUCUUGACAUAUUGGAAACAUUUGUGAAUAUCCAAUCCAAAGUGUCUUUUAGAAAUAGCUUUCCAAGAUAUUGUAGAAUUGGCUCUAUCAAUUCAUGUUUAAUGUGAAAUUGUAAGCUAGGUGCUACCUAGAUUUGUAUCAAACUUUCUUUCUUCUUGAUGUUUUCUUUCUUUUUGUUUCUGUGUUGUAAAAUAAGCCACAUGAAAUGUUUUGGCAAUAUAUUGACUAGAUUUUCUGUAAAUAAUAUUCCAUUAAGACAACAAAAAAUAAUGUUCAGAAAUUUGAAACAAGGAUGAUGUAAAUUCUCUAUAUUUCUGUAUAUAUCGUCCUACAAAGUUUUAUUUGUUUGAUCAUAUUUUGUUGCCGUUUGUAGGGUAGAUAAUGAAAGAUUAUUGUGUGGAUGGGACAGGUUAAAAUAUAAUUGAUUUUUUUUGGUCUUAGAAACAAUAUCUGUUAUAAUCAGUUUAGUUUUACAAAAUUUCUUUUGCUUCAAUUAGUGAAUGGCUGAUUAAAAGGCCUUAAUAUCAACACAAUGCUAUAGUUUGUAAUCAAAGGUAUAACUUCCCUUGAAUCAAAAGAAAAAAGUACAUGGGGGGGGGGGGGGCUAGGGGCAAUUUAGCCCCUGAAAUGCUCAAAGAGCCCUAGAAAUCCCCAUUCUCUACAAUGUUAAAGCUUAUCCAAUGUUGCUGAUUCAGGCAGUAAGUUGUGAAAAGUAGCCCCUGAAUAUGGAAAUUUUUUUAUUUUGCUAGGUUUGAAUACUGGGCCGUGAUAUAAAUUCAGGGGAAAUUCUGUAAGUUUGAUUCGUCUUGAAGUAGCAUGAUAUUGAUGAUAGUUUGAAUUGAUAUUGUUUUGUGUAGGAAUAGAUCUUGUAAAAUAGUAAAAACAAACUAUUUCAGAUUGAAAUAAACUCAUUUAGGUCGUAGAGGUGUUGUGGUUUAGUGGACUCUUGUUAGUAUCUGAACUACAGAUUGCAGCAUUCAAAUAUGCAGCACUAGUGUCCUUUGGCAAAAAUUGAUUUGAUCCACUUGACCCAGGUGAGGAUAAAUAGGUACCUGGCUGGAAUUGAUUCGUUGUGAUGCUAGUGCAUUAUUGACAGCUAUGCUAUGUGCAAGGUAGUAAUCAUGGAGCACCAGGGAAGUCGGCCGUGACAGACCUGAGUGCUAGCAUGAUAAAUGAACCAUUUAUUAGUAUUUUCUUGUCAUUGCAAUUCGCUGUUAAUUAUUUGCAAUUUGUUAUUUAUGGGAUGGAUUAUGAUACCUGGGGGCCGUUUCAUAAAGCUGUUCGUAAGUUAAGAGCGACUUUAAGAGCGACUGGUGAUCCUUUCUUACGCACUAACCUGUUGCCAAUGAACAUUUUGGCGUAUACCACUUACCACAAGAAAGGAUCACCAGUCGUUCUUAACUUACGAACAGCUUUAUGAAACACCCCCUGCAUCAUCCUUCAUUAUUUUGUUUCACUAUACUCAGCCUUUGGACUAUAGAUAAGUAGUAGAUAUGAAGAGAAUAUAUAUUGUGCUAAGUGGAGAUUGUUGGUUGGAAUGCUCAAUUCAGACUUGGAUGAUGGUUUCAUAGGUUUUCUACAAUAUUUCAAUGCAGGGUGUAUGCUGUAGAAGGCAUUGCCAACAAAAAAACAGACUUUUGAUACAACAAAUGGUUUGCAUUCAUUGUCUUUAGUUAGUACCCAAGUAAAAAUAAAUUUAUUAAUUCAAUUUAA